CUCCCUCCCCUCUCCUCCUUCCGUCCUCCUGCCCCCCCCUCCUCUCCCCCUUCCUCCUCCCCGGGUCGCGGGGCGCGCGGGGUACAUGCCGGCCGCGCGGACGCUGCGUCUCCUGGAGCCCGUGCGGCUGCGGUCCAAGGUGGUGCACGGAUUCGGGCGAGGCUCCAAGCAGUUGGGCUUCCCCACCGCGAACAUGAGGAUCGCAUGGGAGGCCGAGGAUCAGUCGGCCCUGACCGAGGAGGAGCUGACCGUGCUGGGGUUCGCGCAGGGCCACGAGACCGGCGUGUACUGCGCCUUCGGCUGCGUUGAGAGCGACCCCGAGAGGCGCGUUCACAAGGUGGCCAUGAGCAUGGGCUGGAACCCCACGUUCACGGACGUGAAGGCGAAGACGAUCGAGCCGUGGAUCAUGCACUCCUUCGCCGAAGACUUCUACGGCAGCCACCUGCGCCUCCUGGUGCUCGGGUACGUCCGGCCCGAGCUGAAGUUCUCCAGCCUGGAGGAGCUGACCGCGGAGAUCUCCGCGGACGGUGACUUCUGCCGCGACGCGCUCGACGACCUCCGCCUCGCACCGCUCCGCGCGGACCCGUGGCUGACGGCGCGCGCCUCUCCGGCGGCCCCCCC